GAGCCAAAAAGUUGACCCGACUACUUUUGAAGAAAAAGGGUGAAACGCCAAAGCACCUCUGCUACUAAAACCCUCCAAUCACUCGCUAGAUUCGUGUAUAAUCAAAUCGACAGACACGUGAUCGAAGAAGAUGGCCGGCAGGUGUCCUCCGAUACCUCUCCGGCCGACACGUAACGUCGGUGGGUUGCUGUUUAUCACUCUCCUGCACUCCACUCUGUUUUUGUUUUGUAGCAGUUCUUCAAUUCCAGACUGCCGUCUAUCUUCAACUGGAGCCUCUGCGAAUAGCCCAAUAUGUGCAAGUCCUGAGUUAUCUAUCCAAGACAAAAAAUCCAAAAACACAGAUGAUGCUUCAUGCCUUAAACGUGGUUUUAGUAUGUUGGAUGCAGAGUUCUUCAAUGACAACAAGAUGCUUGAAAUCGAGAAGGGUGCCAAAGAGCUCAACAUUCCUAUAAUUAAAGCCAAUAGGAAAAUAGUUGCUACCACCAAUGGUGGAUUGCACUACCCUUCUUCAUUGGUUUUCAAUUCCAAAUGGCAACACGAAGAAACACAAGAUGAUGCUAAAAAAUUCAGUUAUCCUUCGGUUUCAGGUGUCAUGAAGCCUGAAAAUGAAGAAGAUAUCGCUUUCAUGACUAUUCUUGAACUUGGACAUCUUAUAAGAACGAAACAAGUCACCUCAGAGGAGCUCGUCCGGGUUUUUCUUAAGAGGCUUAAAAGGUAUAAUCCAGUGUUAGAAGCAGUGGUGACCAUCACCGAGGAUCUUGCCUACAAACAGGCAAAGGAAGCUGAUGAACUACUAGCACAAGGCAUAGACUUAGGUCCACUUCAUGGGAUACCAUAUGGGCUAAAGGACAUCAUCUCGGUUCCUGAAUAUAAAACCACUUGGGGUUCAACCACAUUCAAAAAUCAAGUCCUUGACAUUGAGGCUUGGGUGUACAAGAGAUUGAAGGCAGCAGGUGCGGUUCUUGUUGGGAAACUGGUCACAGGGUCAUUAGCAUAUGACGAUAUCUGGUUUGGUGGUCGAACCAGAAACCCAUGGAACAUUGAGGAGUUCACCACCGGUUCAUCGGCUGGACCCGCCGCCUGCACUGCAGCCGGCAUGGUUCCAUUUGCAAUCGGGUCUGAGACGGCCGGUUCCAUAACUUACCCUGCGGCUCGGUGCGGUGUGACCGCAUUGAGACCGACUUUCGGUGCAGUUGGUCGAACCGGUGUCAUGAGUUUGUCCGAGAGCCUGGACAAACUUGGCCCAUUUUGUAGAAGUGCAGUUGAUUGUGCGAUUGUUCUAGAUGUUAUCCGGGGUAAAGAUCCUGAUGACGGGUCGUCAAGAAAGAUCUUUCUUGAUGACCCGUUUUCUGUAGACAUCACGAAACUUACUGUUGGAUAUCUAGAGGAUGCUGAGAUGGAGGUGGUGGAUGUGCUAAAAUCAAAGGGUGUAAAGAUGGUAGCGUUUAACCUGAGCUACAGUGUUGAAUCUGCUCAAGGGAUUUUAAAUUUCACAAUGGAUGUGGACAUGCUUGCUCACUUUGACAAGUGGCAACGAUCUGGUGAAGAUGACGAGUACGAGGCCCAGGAUCAAUGGCCCACAGAGCUUCGCCGUACGCGCAUAAUACCAGCUGUCGAUUACAUACAGUCACAAAGGGCACGUGGGAAGUUGAUUCGAGAAGUAAAGGAGAGUUUCAGGGUGGAUGCAUUCGUAGGAAAUGCGACUGAUUGGGAGAAAGUCUGUGUUGGUAAUCUUGUUGGGAUGCCGGUUAUGGUUGUUCCUGUUGGCUUUCAGAAGAUUCCGGAUCCACCAACUAAUGAUACCCGCAGAAGAAGCACUGUCACAACUGGCAUCUAUGCUCCACCUGAUCAUGACCACAUUGCACUGGCGUUGACAAUGGCAUACCAAACUGUUACCAAUCAUCAUAAACAACGACCACCUAUAGACAAUCUUGGUCCCGAUGAUGUCAUCCCAAAUCCACCCAAGGCAAUGAUACCUCCCAGGAUACUCAAAGCUUAAUCAAUCAUAUACUUUAUGAUUCUCUUCCAUUGCUGGUCUGUUUGAUCUUCCUUAGGUUGGUCAACAUCUACAACAUAUGUAUGUGUGCAUCUAAUGUAAAAGUGAAUCUAUUCGCUAAAUGAAUAGAAAGCUUCAAAUUUUUGGUCUACUUUUAGUUCAUGAUCUUGUUGCACAACUUUCCACAUCUUCAUGCAUGCCAGUAUCUUCCACGUGA